UGAGUUGUUUCUGAGUCUCACUCCUCAGGUAUGUGUGAAAUCGUUUCUGGUUGAUGUUCACGAUAUAUUUAGUGCAUUCAGUGGCCGGUGAGAGAUCCGUCACCUUAAUGCUACAUUCUCAUACCCUGUGAAUAUAAAACCCCCACCUCAGACCUGCUGCCGUUAUUUGUCUGUUGUGUUGUAGCCCAGAUUGAACCCGUCCAGAGCCAUGGCCAUGCUCAGAGUGUCGUCUUACCGCAAGCUGUUUGAGGAUGAUGGCUGGAGUCGAACUGGAGGGUUGAGUGUGCAGUGUGCAGGGCAGUACCGGGCCGCCGUCAGGGUUGCGGCCGUUGACGAGUGUGACUGUGACAAGUUAGACUUCGUAGCUGCCAAGGAGCUCAACAAGGAGGGUCUGACCCGGUUUGUCCAGGACCGAACCAUCAUUGCUGCCCUCAACAACCGCCUGGUCAGGCUCAUUGAACUGGCCCAUUGUUUCGAGGAGGAGAACGAGUCUCUUGAAUGUCAGAUUGUUGAUCUGGAGGAGAAGCUGAACAAUCGACAAGCCUCCUCCGGCAUCACCUCCGCUGUGGCCAAGCCCGACUACAGUCUGGAUGCAGUGGUGGAGAGACUGCGCAGGCAGAGGGAUGAGAUUCUGUGUCGCACCGAGGAGCUGCAGAAGGAGCUAGAGCGUCUGAUGAAAGAGUACGAGAAGGCAGCACAGCAGAGGAUCCUCCUGCAGCAGGGACGACAACAUGUUGCUGAGGAAGUCGAUGCUGUGGCAGCAGAGUGUUUGGCGCUGAGGGAGCAAGUGGCUAUCUACGAGGAGCAGCUGGCCAACAUGGAGGCACAGCACACAACGGAGGUGGAGAGUCUGCUGGAGCCGGCUGAAGGGACUGCAGGGGCGGUGGCGGCUAUUAAAUUUGGCAGCCCUGACAUCACUCCGGCCCUGGAUGUAAAGGAGUACUACUGCCAGCUGGCUGAGAGCCUCCAGUACCAGUGUGGUGCAGCCUCCUCCGCUGUGGUUCGCCAUGGUGAUGGAAAACAACUGGAAGUGGGAGGAGCUGCAGGGUCAGCGGUCAAAGACUUGUCAGAGAUAAAGGACGUUGGCGAGAUGAAGAUGCUGAUUUCAGAGCUAGAAAAGGAGCUGGCAGAGCUGGAGAAGUGUAACGAGGAGCUGGAGGACGAGGUCGAGAUGAAGAAAGCGGCAUACAUGGACGAGAUCGCUGAGCUGGAGUGUACUAUAGAUGAAAUGCGGCACCAGGAGGCCGACUUCCAACUGCAGAUGAAAGAGCAGUGUGAGGACUACAAGGAGCUACUCAAUGAGAAUAUGGCCAGAGACAUGGAGAUUACCGCCUACAGGAGUCUGGUGGAGAACGAGGAGGAGAGGCUGUACUGCCUGUGACUCGAAGCCGGAGAGUCAGAUUGGCAGGAUGCUCCCUCUCACAUGGAUCAGAAAACAGACCAAAGUGAAAAACACACCGAAACCAGCACUAGGAUGAAGCUAAAGGUACCAACGCUGCAGUUAAAGCAGAACUUAUCAUGACAGAUUAAUGCCGUCUGGAGGCCUUAAGCCGGGCCAUUGAUAACAGGUCGCUGCCCGAUGACCCCGAGACUCCAAGAAAGAUGGAGCUGUCUAAAAGAGUUUGGGAGGAUCGGGGCCGCGCCGUGAGAGUGUAUCCAUUCAGUGUCUGGCAGGGAUAUUUCCUUAAGUGGGUUUUAUCUUUACCAGCUCACUGAUAUGAUUCAUAAAUGUUUUGUCGCCUCUUUGUUGAACACACACGAGUUAAACUUUGCGGCUCCGUGAAGUCAUCUCCCCUCUGAUCCCACCUCAUCCAUCACUCAAACUCUGUCUGAUUACAGGCUCUUAACCCUCGACCCCGUCACUGUUAACAAACAUAUAGACAGCUCUCCGUUUGGUAACUAAAAACAUCCCGCCUUCCUUCUGCUUUUACAGUCAUGUUUUGUUUUACGUAUAACUGACUGUCAGUGUGCGGUGCUCUGUUUGCUUUUCAAAUGGUUCAUGAAGUUGUUUUCUCUCACAAAAUGAGCACCUGGAUGUUUCGACAAGAGAAGCCGGUGUGAUUCAUUAUUUCUUCUUUGAAAACCAACGGCCCAAAUUUGCUGUCGUUUCAGAAAUAAGCAUUCGGUAAUACAUUCCUCUGUAAUCUUUUCCUUAUUUUCUACAUGACUUUCAAGAUGUCUGUGAUAAAUCAU